AGCCUUAAAAAAUUAAAUACAUGUUAUCUUUUAAUAUGUGACUCUUAUAUUGAGGGCAACAUCCAGGGUGCCAUUAAGCAAGGAAUGUAGUUUGAAGGAAUUGUCAGGAACAGCAAAAUUGAUGACUGCAAGUGACUCAGAGCAUGCCCAGAAACCAGUGUCCCCUUCUGGAGAAGCAUAUGCCUUUGGAAAGCACACUAGACAAAAAUUGGAACUCAGGAGAAAGGAGAUGGACAUGAAGGUGUACAUCCUACAAGAAAGAAAGGACUGUGUGUACCAAGAGGUCAACGAGCCCCAGGAUGAUGACUACCUUUAUUGUGAGAAGUGUCAGAACUUCUUCAUCAACAGCUGUGCUGUGCAUGGACCCCCUACAUUUGUAAAGGACAGUGCAGUGGACAAGGGGCAUCCCCACCGCUCAGCCCUCACCCUGCCCCCUGGAUUGAGAAUCGGGCCAUCGGGCAUCCCUGAGUCUGGGCUUGGAGUGUGGAAUGAAGCAGCUGACUUGCCAGUGGGUCUGCACUUUGGCCCUUAUGAAGGACACAUCACAGAAGAUCAAGAGGCAGCCAAGAGCAGAUACUCCUGGCUGAUUGCCAAAGGCAGAAACUGCUAUGAGUAUGUGGAUGGAAAGGACAGAUCCUGGGCCAACUGGAUGAGGUAUGUGAACUGUGCCCGGGAUGAUGAAGAGCAGAACCUGGUGGCCUUUCAAUACCACGGGCAGAUUUUCUACCGAACCUGCCGGGUCAUCAGGCCGGGCUAUGAGCUGCUGGUCUGGUGCGGGGACGAGUAUGGCCAGGAGCUGGGCAGCAAGUGGGGCAGCAAGUGGAAAACAGAGCUUGCAGCCAGGAGAGCAGAACCAAAGGCAGGGAUCCACCCAUGUCCCUCCUGCUCUCUGGCCUUCUCCAGUCAGAAGUUCCUCAGCCAACACGUGAAACUCAAUCAUCCCUCUCAGAUUCUCCCAGGAACAUCUGCAAGAAAACACCUCCAAGCAGAGGAACCCUGUCCAGAGGAUCAGAAUCAGCAGCAGCAACAUAGUAGUACACGCAACUGGAAGGAUAAAGCUGAAGGUCAGGAAGUCAAAGAAAGGUCCAAACCUGUGCUUAAAAGGGUCAGUCAGAGGAGAAUCUUAAGGCCCUUUUUUCAAACUUCCAAAGAACAAAUGAGCUCUAGUGAGCAUGAGAGAAUGAUGGAGGAAGAGCCCCGCAGAGGCCAGGAAGAGAGUCCAGAGGACUCAGGCAAGUUAUUUGUGAAAGCAGGAAUGUCAAAAAUUUUAACAAUCCAGCACGGUGGGUGCUGGCAAGGCUUCAAUGAUGGGUCACAUCUCAUCACACACCAGAGGACACACUCAGGGGAGAAGCCCUAUGUUUGCAGGGAGUGUGGGCGAGGCUUUACACGGAAGUCAAAUCUGGGUUCCUGA